CUCAAGGCUACCAAACCUGAUUUCGACUUCGAAGGUCGGCGCUGUAUUUGCCGCUGUUAAGCAGUUUUGUAAUGAAGCACUACCUUCGAUAUUUACGAAACAACGACAUUAAAUCUCCCUUAGUUAUCAAUGAAGAUAUUGUGCGUUCAGUAUAUAGAUUCGAACUACCAGCUUGUUCUGUCGGUGGCUGUCCGAAUACGUGUAAAUAUUUGUCUUCCUGUCUAAAUGGUCUACUUAAAAUAAAAAUAUCUGAUGAUCUAAUAUGUAACGAGGGUGAAACGGAUCCGACUGUUGAGCGGAUACAAGUGCACAGUCGCAAUGGUUUGAAAAAUUAUGGAAGUACGUGUUACUUGAAUGCAUUUUUGCAACUAUAUUUUCGUUUCAAGGAGUUACGAAAAACAAUAUACAAUGUAGCUUCACAGGCUGAUGAAACCGGCAUAAUACAUCAAUUACAACUGAUAUUUAGUCAGCUUCAAUUAAGCAAAUCAGGAGUGGUCGAUCCCGGUGGUUUAAUUGAAGCAUUACGAUUAUGCAAUACAGAACAACAAGAUGCUCCGGAAUUUCAUUGUUUAUUUAUGAAUUUAUUGGAGGCACGUUUUCAACAAGUCGGUGUAUCUGUUAUUGACAAUUUAAUUAGAGGAGAGUAUAUUUAUGAAACAAUUUGUUCAACAUGCGGCUUCACUUCCCGAUUACCUUCAAAAUUUCUGGAAUUAUCCUUGAAAGUCUCAUCGAAGUCGCUACCAGAUUGCAUUAAAGAUUAUCUAAAGGAAGAAUACUUGAUUGGAGAUAAUCAAUACGCUUGUCCUCAAUGUGAUUGUAAACGAGAUGGUGUUCGAAGAGCAUAUAUAACACGUGCUCCACCUCUGUUAUGCAUCCAGCUACUUCGGUUUACUUAUGAUUCAAAAACAGGUCAACGCAAAAAGUACAAGGCUUCUAUUCGUCUACCUGAUCUACUUGAACUAACAAGAGUUAUCGAUGACAAGAAAACGAAUAAACAAUCAAGUUCUGAACAUUCUGUGGAGUGUUUAAGUACAGAUUCAGAUCCUUCCUAUAGUGCCUAUCGUUUAUGUGGUGUACUUUUACAUAUUGGUAAUCAACCGACUUCAGGACAUUAUAUAGCUGUUCUUAGAGAUUCGUACAAUGAUAUCAGUGUCUCUUCGGAUAAUCACAGUAAAGAACAACUAUCUUCUGGAUGUGAACAAGAAAUGAAAUCAGAUGAAUGUUGGAGUGUUUGCAAUGAUGCAGAUGUCUUCACUAUUCCAUCACAGCAUUUCAAACUAGCUAAAGUUAACGGGACAGCUAAAUCUUUGCAGGGCUACUUAACACAUUCAGAAAAUUCAGAAUCACAACAAACAGAUCAAAGUAAAGUUGACCAGUCUACUGAAAAUUCUUCUCAUCGUAAAGCUAAAAAGCGUCGUUAUGACGCAACCACCUCUUCUACGGAUGUAAAUAAUACUGACUUGAAUGAAAGCAUUGAGGAUACAGUAAUCUAUGAAACUCCAUCAAAAAAAAUCCCAUGGCAUAGUUCAACUAACGCGUAUAUGCUAUUUUAUGAAGCAGUUGACAAGUGUAAUAUAGAUCAAGAAAUUCAUGUCCCCUCCGAAAUACUUAAAACGAUCGAAGAAGUAAAUUUAACUGAACAGGAAAAGUUAUUGUCUGAACGGAAAAAACAGGUGAAUCGUAAAGACCAGAUAAUCAACCUUAUAUCUGAACUGAAACUUCCUGAGCCUCUUGAAAUACUAUCAGAUGAGCUUACCGUGUCUUUGGUAUCAACGUCUUGGCUAUCCGAUUGCCUCAAUCAUCCUUUGUUAUUUGAAGAUUCUACAAAAUCUACCUAUCAAUCUGAAUCUGAAAAAAAGUCACUUUUGAAGCUUCAGGAACAUAUAUGCCCAUCUUCGUCAUCCAGUCAGUCUUCCUAUUCUUUACGCUCAUGUCCACAUGGACGCGUGUCUACUGAUCUUGCUGCAGGCUCAUACAGAGCUGUUUCUACUGCUGGCUUUAAAAAGCUUGUUGAAAUUCUUAUGUCGAAUUCAGUUAACAGUGAUACUUCUCACAGUGUCAAAUUCGAUAGAUUUCAACCGUGUAAAAAAUGCAUAUCAUUAAAUAUUGCCUUAUUGAAGAUUGAAAACGCAAUAAAAGAAUUAUCCAAGGAGUUAGAUUAUUUUUCAAGAACAAAUCAUUUGUCUUCCUCGUUACAAAAACGUCUUGAAGAUGAAAAGUGUCAAGAUGAUGCCGCUGGUUAUUAUUUAAUUGGUAAAAGAUCCUUUCGUCAAUGGAAAACUCUUGCACGUCAUUAUACUCGAGCUCUUUACGGUGACAUUGAGAUCGAUUCUGAUUCACAAACAAUGAAACCUGCUCAGACAACAUUGAAUCAUGAUAUACUUUGUCCUCACAAUCAACUUAGUACAGAAAAUGCUCGUUGUCUACCAGCAGUACUCUGGCAUCAGUUAGUCGACUUAUUCCCUGGUGCUAAUAUCCCAACAUUUCCUAUUCAUAUUGCCUACAGUGCUGAUACUGUCAUUGAUUCAUCCAGUAUACUAAAUAAUUCAGAAUCAUCCUGUUCUGAAUGUAAUGCAGUACAAAUUGAUUUAACUAAAAGAGCACUUUGUGAACGUCAAUUACUUCCCGGACUGUUUUUAUCGAAUUCUCAACGUAUGCGCCUUUUACAAUCUGCUGAUGGACAGAUAGAGAUGAAAGGAAGUACUGUUAACAGAUCCAACGAGCUUUCUCUUAAAGAAAGCCGAAAUGAUAUGGAUUCAUGCGUACAAAAUGAAGAUCCAGAUGCUACAAUUUCCAAUGAUAAUAAAUUAAACAAUAGUGCAAUAUACUUAAUUCCUAUGGAUUUUGUGUUACAAUGGAGAAGGUUUAUAAAAAAUCCAACAGCAGAAAAUUUGCCCAGUUCACUUUUAUCCGGAUUAAGUACUGAUGGUGUACUUUGUGAACACAAUCAGAUGCUGAAAACCUGGCAAGUUCUUAUAGACGAAUCAACUUUAUUUCCUCUUUCUUCUUAUGAAUGGGAUGUCUUGUCGCACGCAUAUCCUAAAACACCACAAGAGAAUACUAUUCCUCUGAAUGCUAGUGGAUCGGAAACACAACUGCCAUUCUAUCCAGCAAUGUAUUUACUCCCUCGUGAUAACUGUGAAUCUAAAUGGCAGUUAGAACCAUCUGCUUAUAGUACUUUAUGCGCUGAAUGUAAUUCUCAACUAACAAUUGGUAAUCAAACUUACAAUAACGCUAGAAUUCGUAUUCGUCUAGUAUCUGGUCUAGAUGAAGCAGUUAGCAGUUGUCUACAGUCAGUUUCUAUCAAUCCUCCUCCUCCUACAACGGGUCCAUUGGUAUCAUUGGAUGCUAAAAUUGAAUCUGGCAAUACUUCUAUUCACUCCUCUGAAUCCGGCAAUACAAAUCCGGACAUUCCUGAUCAGGUUGGUGGAACGCAGACACGGGUUUUGACAGUCGAUGCAAAAUUAGUAUUUGCACCGCAUGUCAUACUUCCAGCCACAAUAUUCGAACACUUUAUGGUAGGUAUACGGCAUGGGGGAUAUAGAGCUCUGCACAUUUUACCUCACCCAAGAGGGUACCCCAUGUAUUGUGACAGCACUAGAGCAGCAGUAGUAGUAAAUCAUGGCAAAAGGAACUCUAUUCCUGUUAUUUCGAUAGUCUUACCAAAGUCUAGACUGUAUUGGUAAACAAGUGAGGUUAGAUAGCAGUAGUUAGAAAGAGAGCACACUUUCAAGUUAAUCACUACUAUGCUAUUUAGUGAUGCUGUAUUGAAAGCUAAUUCAUUAUGUAGAAUAAGAGUGGUUGGUUGAUAGUCUAACUUUUAAGACAGUUUCAGAUUAUGUAACUUAGGUAGUAUAUUUGAAUUAUUAUAACCAGCAGUCGACUGAAAUGUCCUUUAAUUUGGCGCAAUUUAUCACUCUGAAGAUAGAUAUAAUUCAUCCUAGUCACUUCUUAAAACAAUACUUGUCUUCAUUUUAUUUAGGAAAAAUUGUUUUUUUGUUUAUUCUUUUGUUGUUUCUUUUCCUUAGAAAAUGAAUAAUUUAAAAGAAAUUCAGUCGUAUUUAGCCAAACGAGGCGAAAAUAACUCAACUCCUUUAACUUCACACAAUGGAAACGAUUUAAACAAACUCUCAAGUUCUCUUAAUGGUAGUAAUAAUAAUAAUAAUAGUAAAUUUACUCAAGAAGACGGGAAUCGCCAUCAUAUUUUAUGUAAUAGUAAUAAUAAUACAAAUAAUAUUCAGUCUACUAAUCAUUUGGAUUCUUCAUCUGUAAAUUAUGUUAGACGUUCAACACGUCAACGUUUAAAUCCUAGAGAUUUAUUGGUUAAAAUGAAUAGUAGUGAUACUUUAUUGAAUAUGAAAGUUCAAUUAAUGGAUAUUUUAGGUGUCCUACCAUCUGAACAACAUAUUGUAUCUUAUGGUGUAGAGCUCUUUGAUAACACUAAAACACUACAAGAGUUAGGUGUCUGUUCCAAUAGUAUACUCUAUGUAUGGGCUGAUAAUCCAACAUGGGAUCCUAAUCGAACAUACUGUGACAAUCUAACCUUCAAGUCGACUACACAAAAAUCAAAAUCUGGUAGUCCGUGUAAAUUAACAACUGAACCAAUCCCUACUGAAUCAGGAUUCAAAGGCACUCGAUUACUUGAGUACUGAUGUAAUUUUGUUUUCUCUUAUAUUUUCAUCCUUUCCCUAAUAAUCAUCAUAUGUUCCUUUAUCUCUAUUUUGUUAGUUUAGUCCUAAUAUAUGCUAUCACGAACAACUUCAUGAUUUUAAAUCCCUAUUUUUGCAUGUACGUUUUUUUCGUUUCACUAUCAUUAUUAUUAUUUGACAAGAAGUUAAACCCAUGAGAAUAUUUUUACUGGUGCGUUCAAACUGUACAUAAAGAGUGUAAUUCAGCUUUGUUAUUAAUAAAUGAUUAUGAGCUUUAAUUGAUACAAACUAGUUUGUUGUUAUUAUUCAUUUCCGAGUGCAAAAUAGGGCCUCAGCAGCACAUCACCAUUCCACUCUCUUCUCUGUCGUCAUUUUCACCGGACUCCAUGACUGCACACAAGCGUUU